AGGCGAUGAUAAAUUGCAGGCUCAAUAAAAUUGCACACUAACAGAUUGAGGAUUGUGGGAGCAACGUGUCCUUGUCUGGAUUUCAGCUGCAUUCGGCUUGUAGGAUUUUUCUCUACCGGUGGGAGCGCUUUGAUUUAUCAUGCCUUUAUCAGUGGUCUGGGGGAGACUUUCUUUACAAACUUUGGUGUAAGCAUCACAGCCUCCCUGGAUGUUACUGCUGAAUAUUUCCACCCCUUUAUGACCACAAUGUAUCCAUUUUCCUAAGGGAACAUUCUGCAGCAAGUGCACCAUGUCAAAAAGAUCAAACGAUCACAAACAGGGUUUCUUGAAAAUUAUGAGUUUGUUCCACCUCAGUAGCUUUUACAGUCACCAGAUAUGAAUACAACGGAGCACAUUUAGAAUGUGCAUUACAUUUCAGGUGUGCAUCCAACAAAUUGGUGUGAUGCUGCUGUCAUGUCCACAUCGACCAAAAUCUGAGGAAUUUUUCUGACAUCUUGUUUCAAAAUGGUUCUUUAAGAUUUGGAUGAGGUCCACCCAUCUAAAAAUGGCUCUCUUUUAUGAAAUGCAGCUCUUUUAGUGCUGUUUUGCUACACAUGAAUUUUUCCUCUGGUGAAGAAUCCUGAAACGUAAAAGUGUAGAAAAUUGUGGCUCUCAAGAGCCUCCACUUGACUUCUUUUGACACUCGGAGGUUUUACAGGAUGUACCACAUAAUUAAAUUGUCCAGAUGCUGUCGCAUGCGCCGCUCUGCAGUGGUAUUCAGAAGAAGUUAAGAUUGCAGUUCACUAGCUGGGUAGGGGACUAUUCAUGUGUUAAAGUGACCUGGUAAAAAGACUUGGAACUAAUUGAGAAUCAGUGAAAAGCUGAUGUUUAGACUCACUCUCCAUCCAAACGGAUUCAUUUUUCUUGUAGUGUCAGAAAAGAAUGGGCAGAAAAUUCAGUUUCUAUAUGCAAAGUUGGUAGAGAUAGGAAUCAAAAAGGGUUACUGAGACAUUCUCCUUAUCGCCGAUGAUCUGUAAGUCCAGGAACACCUGGAAUAUAUCAAGCUUUGCCAGGUUAAUGAUCAGUUUUGCAACAGGCCCCACACGUCUCAAGAGUCUCAGGUGUUGCGUAACACCAUACCAGAUCCCCUGAUUUAUUUAUGCUGGAAAACUAAAGGAAAACCACAGAUCUUUGCUUUCACCAAAUUAUCAGAGUUUAACAAGAAAACACAAAAUCAGUCAACAAAUAAUAAUACCCCAGAUAUUAUUCCAUAUGUCCCUCCAUCACAGUUUCUGUGGUUUUGUGUUAUUUCCAUCAAAGGUUAUGAAAAAAGAAAAACAUUUUGAUGUCUUCAUGUUUUCAUUUUUAUCAUUUCAAAGCUAAUCUCUACCUGGAGUCAUAAGGAAACAUCAAAGCCCUAAAAACAGGAAUAAAAAGAGUCUUGUAAAAUGUGGCGUUUCAGCCCUCCAUCCACACCCAACAGGCUUUAGUGCAACUUUAAUGGCCAUUGCCAAUAAAAAAAAAGAUUCUUUGUGUUUGCACAUUAUAACAGCAUGACAAUAAAACGAGGAAUGGAAUAAAAUCAGGGGUGGAAGGACCGACAGGGUGUUGCCAGGAACAGGUAAAUAAAACCUGAAGAAGGAAAAAAAAAGUUAUUUUGGGGCCAAGAAGUUGUAAAAGUUUCCUGUUGGGCCGUUUAAGAGCGGCUGAGGAUUCAGACCGGCUUUCAUAGCCUCACAUUCACACACACUGAUCACAGCAGGGAAGGCUCCGACAGAUAAAAUAACAAACACAAAGUUAAAGGUUUACAUGAGAAGACCGUCAAAAUGAAGUUAAUGGUCAGUAUCGCUCUUUUAUUCUUGCUGCCCUCCUAUGCAAGCCAAACAUCAGUCGUCCACAUCGAGUCCACCCCCAAACCAAGCGCUGAUGGGGUAAUCCAGACUGAGACUGAAAAGAUAGUGUCUCUGGUCUGUGUUCUUACUGGCACUGUCGACAAUAAGGAGCUGGAAUGGCGGAGGAAUGGCGCUGUGAUUAAACUGGAUGAUGGAAACAAGGAGAAUCGUAGCAGCGUGUGCAUCAAUCCCGUCAUCUAUAAGGAUGAGGGCGCCAAGUUCACCUGCCAACUGAAGAGCAAUGCCUCCCAUUCGGCCUCGGUCACCCUCAAUGUCACAUAUCUCGCCGAGAUCUCUGGUUCAGAGAACGUUACGCUGGAAGAGGAGGAAUCACUGGACCUCCAAUGUGACAUGAAGGCCAACCCUUUGGUAACGUCAGUGACGUGGAAACUAAACGGAACCCUAGUGGAUCUAUCGACAGGUGGCUUUAUUGUAUCCAACAACGGCGUUAACACCAAGCUACAUGUCAAGAAAGUAGACAGAAGCCUGCAUGAAGGCGAGUACCAGUGCACGAUAGCCUCUCCCGCCUAUGAAGAGCGCAGCAGGACUUUCCAAGUCACUGUCACAGAUAAGACCUUAAAGUUCCCACUGAUGCCGAUGAUUGCGGGGCUGGUGGUGGUGGGCCUCACGGCUCUUCUUGCCAUAGUUUCACGAUGGCGGAUAAUUGCACGGUGGUUCAAAAAGUGAUCCAAAAGAACCUGGUCGUCUGCGUUGUCAUCAAGUGAGACCGUCGAUGAAGCCUUCUGCAUGGUGCAAGAGAUUUUGAUCACCCAGUUAUAUGGCUUUUUCUUAUUUGAUUUCUUACAUUUUUGGACUUUGCCCGAAGCUAGACGCUCUCCCCACCUAAUGAGUAAACAAAUAAAUAAAAUAGUUGUAUUUCCUGGAAGAAUUGAACAUAUCAGUCAGUAAGUUUUAAAUGGCAUUAAGUUAUUUUAGUUUCAUUUUAAUAGAUUCAAACAAGAUUUGUUAUUCUAUUGUGUUUCCAUUAUUUUCUUUUUAGUUCAGGCUACAAUCAUCACGUUGUUCCCUUGUUUCUGGGGAAGACAGAAGAGUUGGCUUUCCCACACUAACAGUUCAGUAAGCAUUUGUCCUGUGCUAAAUAUUCAAAUGUAUGUCAAACUCUGACAAAUGUACAAACUUGUGUAUACUGUAAGGGAUAUAGGAAACACACUGUAAUGAGGGAUUUCAGAAUCAUGUAAUGAGGCAUUGAAUGUACUAUAACCUGCUGUCACGGAAGAAAUAAACCUGUUCCAGAAAGAAAAAAACUAAAUUAUUCAUGAAUACAAUUUAAGUUGAGCAAUAUUAAAAGAAAUACAAUGCAAAUACAGAGUCAGCAGAGAAAGAAAGGAUUUAACUUAAGUUAAUAUGACUGAGUUUGUGUUUGAUGCUUGGUUAGGACAAAAAAAAAAACAAAAAUAAAAUUCAAAAUCAAGCUGUGUUAAAUUUUGGUUUGGAAUUAAACUGGGUUUUUUCAUUCUAGCUUAGUAGAUAUAAAUAUUGACAACUUUUGACGUUAGCAAUGAUUUAAUACAAAAUUCAUAUCUUGACCUGUUAUUUAGGGUUGAUAUAGUUAAAUCAAGAAAGGUACUUCCAAAAAGAGAUUGUAUUUCAAAAAUGUUUUUUUUUUAAACUAUUGACUCUUUUUACAUUUUAAAUGCAGGGAAAGCAUUUAAAGGUAUACAUUUUCUCUUUAAACUCUAAGCACUUUUUUGAAUUUUUAAAUAUCUAACCUGUUUAUCAAUGCAAAUGUGUAUUUAAUGUUGCUUGUUGUAGUCAGUUGCCAUCAUAUUUAUGUAUAGUCGUAUAAUGUAUAAGUAGAAGUACUCAUAUUUCUUUUUUUGUACAAAGUAUAGACAGAAAUCAGUGAUUCUCAAGAAACUGUGCUAUCAGCUAUAAAAGACAAAAAUCAGUAGCUCUCUGAUUGUCCAGAUAACCAUUUUAAAGCCUCUCCUUGUGUAAUAACAUCCGAAUUUAAUUCAACCAGCAUAAUAUAUUUUGGUGUCUUGGAAAGCUUUAUUUUUUAAUGUAAUUUCUCUGAGGUCCACAUGUCCACUGAACUUUAGCUCCUGACUCAACAAUAAAGCCCAGGCUUGUUAAAAUCAUGUUAUACAUUUACUCUUAAUGUGACAAAAGGACAGGGAUUAUGAGGUUGUGUGGUUCAAGGUCUGGAUCUUUGUGCUCCUGCCCAUGAACAAACACUCUGGAGGCUUACAUGAAAGAAGGCAACACCAGCUGUUCUGAUGUAAACCACAUGUUGAUUAAAUAAACAAAACUAAUACAUA